UUCUUGUUUGUAUUAAGUUCCAACCCCAUCUCUCUCCCUACAUGAACCACCCACCCAUCCAUGAAAGACCUCUCCUUCUUCCUCCUCAAGAACUCUCUGGGUUCCAAGAUGAGGAGGGGCAUCCGAAGCUUCUGCAAUGGUGAUGCUUCAACCUCAACGCUCAACCAGCACAAGACCACUCCUGACCAUGGCGACUCAUCACUCAUCAGCUCCACUACUUUAGUGGAAAGCCCACCAACAUUGGAGGAGAUGAUACUGCAGUUAGAACUAGAAGAGGAGAUUGCCAGAAAAGCGAAGCUUCAAGAAUAUGGUGAAAUGCAGCGUAGGAUGUCUUGCGUUAACAAUUCUGAUAUUUUACGCUCUGCCAGGAACGCAUUAAAUCAGUAUCCCCGGUUUUCUCUUGAUGGCAAGGAUGCUAUGUAUCGAUCUUCAUUCCGAAACCUGGCUCCUGGUAGGAAAUCAAUUUGUUGCAACCGAGGACUAGUUAGAGGAAGAUGUUACACAGAUGAAUUUGACUCCAAGUUAGAGAAAAAGACUUCCUCAUGUUUGCCAUCAACUUUAGCAGGAGAGAGUGUGAUAUGGUGCAAGCCAGGGGUGGUAGCUAAGCUAAUGGGCCUGGAGGUCAUGCCAGUGCCAGUAAGUUGCAACAGAAGUACAGAGAAGUUGAACUCUAUUGUAAACAGACAAAAUCUAAGGAGGCGAGCCCAAAGGCAUGAAAUGGAGAGGAGGAGAUUUGUUAUGGAUAUGAAUGGUUGCGGUGCAACUCAAAGACAAGGGACAAUGGCCUCCUGUUCAAAGACUGGCCGGUACUGCGUGAUGAGACCACUUGCAGUGGAACCAGCAAAUAUUGAUGGAGUAGGUUGGCCAAACAGGCAUUUUCUUUAGAUUCCCACAGCAGAUUCAAAUCCCAAUACAUCCCCCUCUCUCGGAAAUCAAGAAUACUUUCUAUCAAUCUUACCAUAUUAUUGUAUUACUCUGAUUUGCGCUUUGGAUGCAAAGUUUCUUAGUAAAAAAAAAAAAAAAAAAAAAAAGAAGACUUGGAUAUUGGAUGUUUUCCCUCCUGAUUUCCUAUCUUAUGAAU